AUGACAUUGACGCCAUCAAAUGUUGCUUGUGUAUGGGGCGCCAAUGGAAUAUCAGGUACAGCAAUGAUUGAUUUAUUAGUUGAACAACCUCGAAAUGAAUGGAGUAAAAUUAUUUGUAUUUCUCGACGACCAACACAAUUAGACGUUGAAGAUGAUCGAGUACAUUUCAUUUCCAUUGAUAUCCUUCAAGCUAAUGUUGAUGAAAUUGUUACAGAAUUAUCUAAAGCAGGUGGAGAAUCUAUUACACAUGUAUAUCAUUAUACAUAUAUUGAAAAAAAAGAUGAAAAAGAAUUAGAUCAAGUCAAUACAAUACUAUUUCAAAAAGCACUUGAUGCUACUGUUAAAAUAGCUGGUAAACAAAUAAAAUGUGUUUUACUUCAAACAGGUUAUAAAUAUUAUGGUGUUCAUAAAGGUGGUGAAUAUCUGGCAUCUUGUCCCUAUACUGAAGAUGCUCCUCGUCAUAAAGGUUCGAACUUUUAUUAUAUACAAGAAGAUCUUCUUAAAGAAUAUGCUGAAAAAAAUGGUUGGAAAUAUAUUAUCACACGACCUAAUAUUAUUAUUGGUGUAUCGAGAGGAAAUUUUAUGAAUUUUGCGGUUAGUCUUGCACUUUAUGCAUGCAUUCAAAAAGAAAAAAGUCAACCAUUAUAUUUUCCUGGUAAUGAAAUUGCUUGGAAUUCAAUAGUUGAUCAUUCCGAUGCAUUAAAUAAUGCACGUUUUCAAUUAUGGUCAUCAACAAAUGAUAAAAUUCAAAAUGAAAUAUUUAAUAUACAUAACGGUGAUGAAGUCAAAUUUCGAACAUUAUGGCCAAAAAUUGAAAAAUAUUUUGAUUUUACUCCUUAUGAACAAAAAUUUAAUACACAGAACGAUAUUAAAAUAGGAGAUAUUGGUAUUUUACGACUAUCUCUUGCAAAAUAUAUGCCAGAAAAUAAAGAUAUAUGGUCUCGUCUUGCUAAACGUAAUGAACUUGAUGAAUCAGUUUUUAACUAUGCUACUUGGGAAUUUAUUGAUUUCGUUCUUGGUCGAACAUUUGAUGAUCAUGGUGACAUGACUAAAGCACGUCAAUAUGGUUGGACAACAACAGUUGAUACCAGUGAAUGUUUUAUUCAAUGUUUUGAUCGAUUGAAAAAGAUGGAAGUUAUUCCAUUCAAUUGA